UUUGCGCAUGCGUGGUGCCACUGGUGGGCGCGUCCAAUAAUGACUGCGGGAUUCCGGCAAGUAACAUGACUAAAAAGAAGCGGGAGAAUCUGGGCGUCGCUGUAGAGAUUGAUGGGUUGGAAGAGAAGCUGUCACAGUGUCGGAGAGACCUGGAGGCUGUCAACUCCAGGCUCUAUGGGGCGGAGCUGAGCCCAGAGGCCAGGAGGUCUCUGGAGAAGGAGAAAAACAGCCUGAUGAACAAAGCCUCCAACUAUGAGAAGGAGCUAAAGUUGCUUCGGCAGGAGAACCAGAAGAACACACUGCUCUCUGUGGCCAUCUUCAUCCUCCUGACUCUUGUCUAUGCCUACUGGACCAUGUAAGCCUGAGAUUUCUCCACAGUCGGCGCAGGUUUCCCUUCAGCUCCAAGGUCAUGGACAAGCAGGCCCGUCAAGCCUCAAGAAGACCAAGGUACAAGGCCAUUUCCCCUGACUCAGACACUGGAGCAGGGCUUCCUGUCAGCCCAGCCUCUCCUGCCUCCCAGUCCUGCUGUGGGGCUGUCUCGGGACUCCAGAAGGACUUUGUGCUGGCUUAGGCCAAGGGAAAAGCAAUAAAGAACACCCUGGCUGCUCCUA